CUCACCUUGAAAUGUCAUUGGAGUCAUCGUCCUCUAGUGAGAAGAAGCAAAUGGGAUACGCCGGAUUCGAAUUGGCCACGAAGCCACACGCAGUUUGCAUUCCCUGCCCUGGACAAAGCCACAUCGGCGCCAUGCUCAAGCUAGCAAAGCUCCUCCAUCACAAGGGCUUCCACAUCUCCUUCGUCAACACCGAGUUCAUCCACCGACGGCUUGCCAGGGCCCGAGGCCCUGAGUUCGCAAGUGGAACGCCAAGCGACUUUCAGUUCCUGACGAUCCCAGAUGGUCUUCCUCCUUCGGACGCAGAUGCGAUACAGGACUUCCAGAAACUCAGCGACUCAAUGAAGAACUAUAUGGCUGGCCCCAUCGGUGAUCUCAUAUCGAGCUUGGGCUCGAACCCAAGUGUCCCUCCGGUGACUUGCAUCGUCUCGGACAAUUUCAUGACGUUCGUGACGAGUCCUGCGUCUUCGAAAUUUGGGAUUCCGCUCAUACACUUGUUCCCUAUGCCCGGUUCUGCCAUCAUGGCGCUGAAACAAUUGCGAGCCCUAAGAGAAAACGGUCUUGCACCACUCACAGAUGAAUCCCAAUUGGUGAACGGGUAUGGGAACACCCCUAUCGCCUGGAUCCCGGGAAUGAAAAACGUGAGGCUGCGCGACAUGCCUCACUUUUUCCGAAUCACCGGCUCCGAUGACACUUUGUUCAACUAUAGUGCUGACAUUGGUGACGGCACCAGUAACGCCAUGGCGACCAUUGUCCACACCUUUGAGGUGCUUGAGCCGGAUGUGCUACAUGCCCUCUCCUCAAUGAUCCCAAGGGUUUAUGCAGUUGGACCACUUCACCUAAUGAUCGAUCGAAUCGCUCGAGAAAAAUCAUUUGCCUUGAAGCACAUUGACUGCAAUCUUUUGGAAGAGCACAACGAGUGCCUCCAGUGGUUGGACUUGAAGGAGCCAAAGUCUGUGAUCUAUGUGAACUUUGGGAGUAUGGCAUCCAUUACACAUCAACAGUUGGCUGAAUUUGCGAUGGGACUGGCCAAUAGCAAUCACUAUUUCUUGUGGGUCUUGAGGCCUGACAUAUUGAAAGGAGACAAAGCAACUCUUCCAAUAGAAUUUGUUGAGGAAACAAAAGAGAGAGGUUUUUUAUCUGGAUGGUGCCCGCAAGAGAGAGUGCUGUGCCAUCCUUCAAUCGGAGGUUUCUUGACGCACUGUGGCUGGAACUCGACCAUCGAGAGCUUGUCGGCCGGAGUUCCGAUGCUCUGUUGGCCAUGCUUCUCAGACCAACCGAUGAAUUGCAAGUAUAUAUGUGAUGAUUGGGGGGUGGGGUUAGAGAUGGAUAGUAAGGUGAAGAGAGAUGAAGUGGAGAGGCUUGUGAGGGAAUUGAUGGAAGGAGAGGUGGGGAAGAAAAUGAGACGUAAGGCCAUGGAGUGGAAGAAGAUGGCAGAAGAAGCGGCCGGUGAAAAAGGGUCGUCUUCCCAGAAUUUGGACAAGUUGCUGGACGAGGUUUUGUUUAAGUAGUGUAAUUUGAUACUUUUUUUAUGCGCUAUGUUUCCUCCGUUUGUCAUUGAAGUAAAGUCCUUUAAUUGAUUGAA